CGCACCGGGCGCCCUCGGCCGAGCUGCGUGGCCAUGGACGUGGGCGCCGACGAGUUCGAGCAGAGUCUUCCUCUGCUGCAGGAGCUCGUCCUGGGCGCCGACUUCGUGGGUCUAGACAUAGAGUUCACAGGCCUUCGCUCUAACCUGUCCCGGCCCCAGCAGAUCAGUCUUUUCGACUUGCCCUCCGAGUGGUAUCUAAAGACCCGCCACAGUGUUCAGCAGUUCACCAUCUGUCAGAUUGGAUUGUCUGUGUUUUCCAGUAUUGAAGGAGAGUCGAACAAGUAUGUAGCCCAUUCCUGUAACUUCUUUCUCUUCCCGACGACAUUUGGGAUCUUGGAUUCCGAAUUCUCUUUCCAGGCUUCUAGUGUUCAGUUUUUGAAUCAGUAUGGCUUCGACUACAACAAGUUUCUCAAAAAUGGGAUCCCAUAUAUGAAUGAGGAGCAGGAGAAGAAAAUUAAACACAACAUCCUGACCGGGAACUGGAGAGUUCGCAGUUCUCUGGAUAAAGACCAGAUCAAGGUGGUGAUCGAUGAGGUGACACGGUGGCUGGACCUGGCGGAGGAGGGCGACUGGAUGACUCUCCCUGGUAUCGCUGGUUUCCAGGCCUUUGAGGUCCAGCUGGUGCUGAGGCAGGCCCUCCCCGACAUCUGGACGGUCCUGAGAGAUCAGGGGAUAAUAGUGAAAAAAGUGAGUAAACAACAUCGCUGGUAUCUUGAAAACACCUCCUGUGAUCGAGCCAGCUGUUGGAAGGAGAAGAUUCUUCUCUCUGCCAGGGGUUUUUCGGUCUUUUUCCAGAUGCUGGUGAAAGCCCAGAAGCCCUUAGUGGGCCACAAUAUGAUGAUGGACCUGCUGCAUCUGCACGAGAAGUUCUUCCGGCCACUGCCAGAAAGCUAUGAUCAAUUUAAGCUGAAUAUCCACAACCUGUUUCCUGUUCUCAUUGACACUAAGAAUGUGACCAAGGAUAUCUGGAAGGAACUGAAUUUCCCAAGGGUUUCAAAUCUUUCAGAAGUUUAUGAAGUCCUAAACAGUGACUUGAAUCCUACCAAGAAUUCCGGGCCAGUGGUUAUUCACGCAAGCAAGUGUGAAAAAUAUGUUGAGACCAAGUACCCUCACGAGGCCGCGUACGAUGCCUUCCUCUGUGGAUCAGUUCUUCUGAAAGUGGCACACUUGCUUCUGUGGAGAGUACACCGUGCUGGCCCCAUGCCUGAGCCCUCCUUCUCUCUCUACCUUGAUGUGCUCGCUCCCUAUGUGAACCAGGUGAAUCUUAUCCGAGCUGGGGUCCCUAAGAUUAAUUUCUCGGGUCCAGAUUGCCCCAGUAUCCGACCUCCCAUCCUCCUCCUCCGUGUUCGGAGGUGGCCUGGGGUCAGCGAGCAGCAAGUCUAUCGUGAGUUUCAGAAUCUCUGCAAGUUCGAUGUGCGGCGACUCUCGCGGAGCCAGUUCCUGCUCUUGACCAACAAGUUUAAGGAUGCCCGGAGCAUCCUGAAGGAGUACAGGGGCCACCCCAGCCUGCAGGUGUCCCUCUACCGGUACUGGAGGCACGCCCCGAACAUCAACUGCCUGUUACAGGUCUGUGGCGUGGUCAUCACCUGGGCCCUCCUGGCGCUUCUCCUCGGAAGACCUGGCCACUGAGUGCAGCCGGCAGCCUCUGUCCUAUCCCUGCACCUCCCUGGGACAGCCAUCCGUUUGGUUUUUUUGUGGGUUUUGUUUGUGUAAAUCAUAUUUUUACUUGCAGGCCAAUCUGUGUGGUCCUUAUGAGGAACUUUGUUUUGAAGGUGAAAUUCUGUAAUGAUUAUCAACGAUAAAGAAUUCCUUAGAUGUGG